UUCCGGCACUCCUAGGAGUGGAAUAGAAGUCCUUUAAGCCCUACUCACUGCAUUCAUUCUCUCAAUCUCGAAAGGACGCUGUCGCUCAACCUUUUAUCUUCAAGCAGGUUGUGCUCCAUUCGAUUCGUGCUCUUUGUGCUUAGAAACACGAGGGUCCACAGGCAUGAGAGAAAUCCUUCACAUCCAGGGUGGUCAGUGCGGCAAUCAGAUCGGUGCAAAGUUCUGGGAAGUUGUGUGCGACGAGCAUGGGAUCGAUCCGACCGGGAGCUACACCGGGACGUCCGAGCUUCAGCUGGAAAGAGUGAACGUUUACUACAAUGAAGCCAGUGGGGGCCGCUACGUUCCACGCGCUGUGCUCAUGGAUUUGGAGCCUGGCACCAUGGAUAGCCUGAGAUCCGGCGUCUACGGACAGAUAUUCCGGCCAGACAACUUUGUCUUUGGACAAACUGGAGCCGGAAACAACUGGGCCAAAGGUCAUUAUACAGAAGGUGCCGAGUUGAUCGAUGCUGUUCUCGACGUUGUUCGCAAGGAGGCUGAGAACUGCGACUGCCUGCAAGGAUUCCAGGUCUGUCACUCUCUUGGUGGAGGAACUGGGUCGGGCAUGGGAACGCUUCUCAUAUCCAAAAUCAGAGAGGAGUACCCGGACAGGAUGAUGCUUACAUUCUCGGUGUUCCCUUCUCCCAAGGUUUCUGACACGGUGGUGGAGCCAUAUAAUGCAACUCUCUCGGUUCAUCAGCUCGUGGAGAACGCAGACGAGUGCAUGGUGCUAGACAACGAGGCUCUCUACGACAUAUGCUUUAGAACACUCAAGCUCGUCACUCCUACAUUUGGAGAUCUAAACCAUCUCAUCUCCGCAACCAUGAGCGGGAUCACUUGCUGCCUUCGUUUCCCCGGGCAACUCAACUCGGACCUCCGGAAGCUGGCCGUCAACUUGAUCCCGUUCCCUCGCCUCCACUUCUUCAUGGUGGGAUUCGCGCCGCUCACCUCCAGAGGCUCGCAGCAGUACCGCUCGCUCACGGUCCCAGAGCUGACGCAGCAGAUGUGGGACGCCAAGAACAUGAUGUGCGCCGCGGACCCGAGACACGGGCGAUACCUCACCGCGUCAGCGAUGUUCCGCGGCAAGAUGAGCACCAAGGAGGUGGACGAGCAGCUCAUCAACGUCCAGAACAAGAACUCGUCCUACUUCGUCGAGUGGAUCCCAAACAACGUCAAGUCGAGCGUGUGCGACAUCGCUCCGAAGGGGCUCAAGAUGUCGUCCACCUUCGUGGGGAACUCGACGUCGAUCCAAGAGAUGUUUAAGCGGGUGAGCGAGCAGUUCACGGCCAUGUUCCGGCGGAAGGCGUUUCUUCACUGGUAUACGGGCGAGGGGAUGGACGAGAUGGAGUUUACCGAGGCCGAGAGCAACAUGAACGAUCUGGUGUCCGAGUACCAGCAGUACCAGGACGCGGCCGUGGAGGCGGACUACGAGGACGAUGAUGAAGAACAGGCAGCGUGAAAAAAACUUAAGUUUGCGAGAUAUGUUUGCGUGUGUGUGUGUGUGUGUGUGUGUGUUGUGAAGUAACAUUUUCUCCUCUAUAUGAUAUACCUACUUGACUUUAGGUGCCA